AUUGGGUUAAUUUUGGGUUCAUUGAUUUCUUUCCCGAAUUGGUUGAAAUUAAUCUUCACUGAAUAUGUCAUUCAUUAAGUUGUUAAAGGGGUUCGCUCAGUUGUAUUUUACCACUUCAUCUAUCCGUUGGAUCUAAAUGAUCUGUUUAGGGUUUUUUAAUUUUGGGGAUUGUGGAAAACAAGUCUAUUUGGGUAUGGAUAUGAUUGAUUUAUUUUGAUUGAGUUGCAAACUUGCAGACAACAAUUUUUUUACUAUAUUUUUUAGAUUUUUUUUGACUCACAUUGGUGUGGCAUUUAUUUAGGAGGAUUUGACACUGCUCAUGCUGCGGCGAGAGCCUAUGAUCGUGCUGCUAUUAAGUUCAGGGGUGUUGAUGCUGAUAUCAACUUCAAUCUGAGUGAUUAUGAGGAGGAUAUGAAACAGAUGAAGAAUCUAACCAAAGAAGAAUUCGUGCACAUACUCCGUCGUCAAAGUACCGGAUUCUCAAGGGGAAGCUCAAAAUAUCGAGGGGUGACACUGCACAAAUGUGGCAGGUGGGAAGCACGAAUGGGGCAAUUCCUUGGUAAAAAGUGAGCAACCAUUUUGUGGAACUUAAUUCUGGUUUAACGUUAUUAUACAAAAUAUGAAGUUUUGAGUGCCUCUUAGUGUCACCUGAGAAUUAGUUUGAAACUAAUUCUCGGUGGAAUUUUUUUGUAUUUUCCUUCAAUGGAAAAGCAUUUCUAAGAUGCCUAUUUGAAAGAAGAUAUGAUUGGGGAAGGUGUUUCAUCAUGGAGAUUACAAUCCUUGCGUGCAGGUAUAUUUAUCUUGGGCUAUUCGACAGUGAAGUAGAAGCUGCAAGGGCUUAUGACAAGGCAGCUAUCAAAUGUAAUGGAAGGGAGGCAGUCACCAACUUUGAGCCAAGUACAUAUGAGGGUGAGAUGACUUUUGAGGCCAGUAAUGAAGUGAAUGAUAAUGAACUUGAUCUGAACUUGGGGAUUUCUCCACCUGUUUGCAAUGGUCCCAAGGAAAACGAGGGGCAACUCCAGUUUCAAUCUAGCCUUUAUGAUGUGGACCGUGGAAGGAUUUUGGGGGUAAUUUUCUGAAUUGAACUUAUUCCAUUAUACUUUGUCUUCUGUUUCUAUAAUUUGAUAUAUAGAGAGGGCUGUUCUACUUAUAUAUAGACAGCUGUGAUUAAAGAAGACCUUGCUGGGCUUCAAUUAGAAAUUACUAUAGGUGUCCGUACUGUGUAGACAUUGAAAUAAAUAUCUUCCUUGUUUUAGUUUAUAGAGGCUAUUCAUAGUUUGUGUUCGGUCUGAGAUGCUUUUGCAGAUACAGCAUCCUACUGUGACUGGUAUGCCCUUCAAUGGACCAGCAAAGACUCCAGAGCAGCCUAUUUUCUGGACUGGUGUAUGUCCUAGUUUCUUUCCCAGUGAGGGAAAGGAAACAAUGAAGAGAAACGAUUUAGGUUCUUCCCAAGGCCUCCCUAUUUGGGCGUGGCAAGUGAAUGGUCAGGUUAGUGCCACCCAAAUGCCACUGUUCUCCACUGCAGCAUCAUCAGGAUUCUCAUUCGCGGCUACCCCUCCUGCUGGCAUUCUUCCAUCAAAACCCCUCAACCCAACAGCAGCCCACGAUCUCUCUUAUGCGCCACCAACCACGGUUGCCACUAACACCUUUCAAGGCUGUUACCAGUUCAACCCACCACAUGCACCACCAUAGCCGUAUCUCUCACAAUUGUUGGUGGAGAGGCAAGAACAACUUCAGUGGCCAUCGACUUAAUUGUAUGAUUCAAAUUAUUGAUUGAUAUUAUAUGUUAAGAGUCUGUAGCGUCUUGACUUGUUUUCACCAACUAAAAAUAUCACUCUACUGAUAUUAUUGUCAAGAAAAAUUCUAAUCUUCCUUUUGUGUUUGUGUGGCAUUAUAUGAAGGAAAAGUGUUGCACCUUUAGCUUCUUUCUGAUAUGUUGUGCGUUUAAGGUGGAGAUCACCACAACUGCCAUCUUUUGUUUUUAUUUAUUUAUCAUUUUGAAUAAACCAAGAUUUUCUUC